AUGAGUAUGAAUAAAGAAGAGGUAAAGAUAACUAAAUUGGUUAUUAUAGGAAAUAGCAGAGAUGGAAAAAGUUCAUUAGGUAAUUUUAUAUUAAAGAAAAAUGCAUUUGUUGUAAGGAGUACAGAAGGGCUUGAAAAUAAAGAAAUAGUAGGGGAAUAUGGAGAAGGAGAUAGAAGUGAUAUAUUUGUCAUUGACACACCAGGAGUUCAAGAAUCAGAAGAAAUGAAUAAAAAAUGGAUAAACCAAAUGAUUGAUUCUAUUAAAAAAGAAAGAGAACUACAUGGAAUAAUAAUUGUAUUUAAUUUUAGUCAAAAUAAAUUUUCACAAAUUAGUAAGGAAAUGAUUAAGAGGGUUUAUAAAGAAAUUGAAAAUACCGAAUUUUGGCAACAUUUAUGCAUCAUAUGGACAAAUUGUUAUUACCACAUUCCUAAGUUAGUAAAAGAAAGGAAAAUAAGUAAGAAAAGAGAAGAGUAUCAAAAAGAAAUAAUGAAACUUGUUAUAGAAACAACAGGAAAUGAAGAGUCUAUUGAUUUUCCAAUGUAUUUUGUUGAUUCACAACCAGAAGGAGGAGAAGAUAAUACUAGAUCCGAAGCAGAAAUAAAAAAGUUUUUAGAAUGGGUUAGAAGCAUACCACCAAUGAAUGUUAAGAAUAUUAAGAGUAAUAAAAUGAAAUUAGAACAAAAUGAAAUAAUGAUAACAUCAAUGUAUUUUAAUGAUAUUAAUGACUUUAUUAAUUUAGAAUUAGGUAUUAAAAGAUUUCAAGGAAAUAUGGAAAAACUUCAUUUUAAUCCAUUUCCAUUAAACUAUUAUUCAAGAAAAUUAUUUCCUAAUAUUGAAACAUUUCAUAUUUAUAAUAAAAGUGAUGAAAUAUUUAAUGAUGGAAGAAUAAAUAAAUAUGUAAUAUGGUAUCAAGUAGAAUAUUCAAGAUGUCUAAAGGAGAAAGAACAAGGAAAUAUAUGUAAAAAUGUGGUAUAUACAAAGGAAAGUAGAGAGAAAUAUGGAGAUACAAUACCACCUGAAGUUACAUCAAUUGGAGAUGAAUGUUUUAAGUAUUGUUACGAUAUGAAAGAAAUUAAUUUACCAACAAGAAUUAGUGAAAUAGGAAAUGAAUGUUUUUAUAAAUGUGGAAUAAGAAGUAUUAGUAUACCAAUAACAAUUAGUAGAAUAGGAAAUAACUGUUUCGAAGGAUGUAAUUCGUUAAGUAAGAUCAAUAUACCAACAACAGUUAAAGAAAUAGGAAAAGAAUGUUUUGAAGGAUGUUUUUCAUUGAGUGAUAUGAGUAUAGAAAAUAUACAAUUUGUUAGUGAAGAAAGAAUACAUAUAAAUGAACCAGUAUUAGUUAGUAUUGAAAUACCAGAUAAUUUAGAAAGAGUUAAUGGAAGAAUUAUAGAAAGAAGAAACAUUAAUGAAUUUAAUAUUCCAUCAUCAAUUAGUAAAUUAGGUAAUAGAUGUUUUGAAGGAUAUGAAUCAUUAACAAGAAUUGAUAUACCAACAACAGUUAAAGAAAUAGGAAAUGAAUGUUUUAAUGAAUGUACAUCACUGACAUCACUUAAUAUACCAACAAGUGUUAGUAAAAUAGGAGAUGAGUGUUUUAGUAGGUGUUAUUCAUUACAAUCAAUUAAUAUACCAUCAUCAAUUAGGGAAAUAGGAUAUAAAAUAUUUAAAGGAUGUUCAUCAUUAAGACUUAUUAAUUUAGGUAAAAUAAAAUUCAUCAGUGAAGAAAGAAUAUUUAUGAAUGAACCAGUAUUAAUCAGUAUUGAAAUACCAGAAAACUUACAAAGAGUCAAUAGAAAAAAAAUUAAAAAGAAUGACAUCAAUGAAUUUAUUAUUCCAUCAUCAAUCACUAAAUUAGGAGAUUAUUGUUUCGAAGGAUGUUCAAUGUUGAAGUCAAUCAAUAUACCAACAUCAGUUAGGGAAAUUGACAGUCAUUGUUUUGAAAAGUGUUCAUCAAUAACAACAAUUAAUAUACCAUCAACAAUUAAAGAAAUAGGAAAUUAUUGUUUUUAUGGAUGUUCAUCAUUAACAACAAUUAAUAUACCAUCAACAAUUAGUAAAAUAGGAGAUAAAUGUUUUGAAGGAUGUUAUUCAUUAACGUCUAUUACUAUAUCAUCAUCAAUUAAUGAAUUAAGAAAAGAAUAUUUAUCUCAAUACAAAUCAUUAAAAUCUGUCAUUAUACCAACAAGCAUUAAUAGAAUAGAAGAUGAAUGUUUUGAAGGAUGUAGAAUGUUAACAUCUAUUAAUAUACCAACAAGUGUUAUUAAAAUAGGAGAUAGAUGUUUUAGUGAAUGUUCAUCAAUAACAUCUAUUAAUAUACCAAAUUCAGUUACUAAAUUAGGAGAUUAUUGUUUUAGUUAUUGUUCAUCAAUAACAACAAUUAAUAUACCAUCAACAAUUAGUAAAAUAGGAAAUUAUUGUUUUUAUGGAUGUUUAUCAUUAACAACAAUUAAUAUACCAUCAACAAUUAGUAAAAUAGGAGAUGAUUGUUUUUCAGGAUGUUCAUCAAUAACAUCUAUUAAUAUACCAUCAACAAUUAGUAAAAUAGGAGAUGAUUGUUUUUAUGGAUGUUUAUCAUUAAAAUCAAUUAAUAUACCAAAUUCAGUUACUGAAUUAGGAGAUUAUUGUUUUAGUUAUUGUUCAUCAUUAUCAUCUAUUAAUAUACCAAAUUCAGUUACUAAAUUAGGAGAUUAUUGUUUUUAUGGAUGUUCAUUAUUAAAAUCAAUUAAUAUACCAUCAACAAUUAGUAAAAUAGGAGAUUAUUGUUUUAGUUAUUGUUCAUCAAUAACAACAAUUAAUAUACCAUCAACAAUUAGUAAAAUAGGAAAUGAAUGUUUUUAUGGAUGUUUAUCAUUAAAAUCAAUUAAUAUACCAUCAACAAUUAGUAAAAUAGGAGAUGAAUGUUUUUAUUUAUGUUAUUCAUUACAAUCAAUUAAUAUACCAUCAACAAUUAGUAAAUUAGGAAAUUAUUGUUUUAGUUAUUGUUCAUCAAUAACAACAAUUAAUAUACCAUCAACAAUUAGUAAAAUAGGAAAUUAUUGUUUUUAUAAAUGUUCAUCAAUAACAACAAUUAAUAUACCAUCAACAAUUAGUAAAAUAGGAGAUGAUUGUUUUUAUGGAUGUUUAUCAUUAACAACAAUUAAUAUACCAUCAACAAUUAGUAAAAUAGGAGAUGAUUGUUUUUAUGGAUGUUUAUCAUUAAAAUCAAUUAAUAUACCAUCAACAAUUAGUAAAAUAGGAGAUGAAUGUUUUUAUUUAUGUUAUUCAUUACAAUCAAUUAAUAUACCAUCAACAAUUAGUAAAUUAGGAAAUUAUUGUUUUAGUUAUUGUUCAUCAAUAACAACAAUUAAUAUACCAUCAACAAUUAGUAAAAUAGGAAAUUAUUGUUUUUAUAAAUGUUCAUCAAUAACAACAAUUAAUAUACCAUCAACAAUUAGUAAAAUAGGAGAUGAUUGUUUUUAUGGAUGUUUAUCAUUAACAACAAUUAAUAUACCAUCAACAAUUAGUAAAAUAGGAGAUGAUUGUUUUUAUGGAUGUUUAUCAUUAACAACAAUUAAUAUACCAUCAACAAUUAGUAAAAUAGGAGAUGAUUGUUUUUAUGGAUGUUCAUCAAUAACAUCUAUUAAUAUACCAAAUUCAGUUACUGAAUUAGGAGAUUAUUGUUUUUAUGGAUGUUCAUUAUUAAAAUCAAUUAAUAUACCAUCAACAAUUAGUAAAAUAGGAAAUUAUUGUUUUUAUGGAUGUUCAUUACUAACAACAAUUGAUAUACCAUCAGGAAAGGGUAAAAUAGGAGAUGAAUGUUUUUGUGGACAUUCAUCAUUAAAAUCAAUUAAUAUACCAUCAACAAUUAGUAAAAUAGGAAAUUAUUGUUUUUCAGGAUGUUCAUCAUUAACAACAAUUAAUAUACCAACAAGUGUUAUUGAAAUAGGAAAUUAUUGUUUUAAAGAAUGUUCAUCAUUAACAACAAUUAAUAUACCAUCAACAAUUAGUAAAAUAGGAAAUUAUUGUUUUUAUGGAUGUUUAUCAUUAACAACAAUUAAUAUACCAUCAACAAUUAUUAAAAUAGGAGGUGAUUGUUUUUAUGGAUGUUUAUCAUUAAAAUCAAUUAAUAUACCAUCAACAAUUAGUAAAAUAGGAAAAGAAUGUUUUUAUGGAUGUUUAUCAUUAACAACAAUUAAUAUACCAACAAGUGUUAUUGAAAUAGGAGAUGAUUGUUUUUAUGGAUGUUUAUCAUUAACAUCUAUUAAUAUACCAUCAACAAUUAGUAAAAUAGGAGAUGAAUGUUUUUAUGGAUGUUUAUCAUUAACAUCUAUUAAUAUACCAUCAAAAAUUAGUAAAUUAGGAGAUAGAUGUUUUAGUCGAUGUUCAAUAUUAACAUCUAUUAAUAUCCCAACAAGUGUUAUUAAAAUAGGAAACAAGUGUUUUGAAGGAUGCAGAAUGUUAACAACAAUUACUAUAUCAUCAACAAUUAGUAAAAUAGGAAAUGAAUGUUUUUAUGAAUGUUCAUCAUUAAAGUCAAUGAGUGUAGAAAAGAUACAAUAUAUUAGUGAAGAAAGAAUAUUUAUGAAUGAACCAGUGUUAAUUAGUAUUAAAAUACCAAAAAACCUAAAAAGAAUCAAUGAAAAGAAUAUUGAAAAGAAAGAUAUUAAUGAAUUUAUUAUUCCAAUUACAGUAAAUAAAUUAGGUGAUUAUUGCUUUUAUAAAUGUUCAUCAUUAAAAUCAAUUAAUAUACCUUCAUCGAUUAAAGAAAUAGGAAAAUAUUGUUUUAAAGAAUGUUCAUCAUUAACAUCAAUUAAUAUACCAUCAUCUGUUAGUAAAUUUGGAUGGGGAUGUUUUUAUAAAUGUGGAUGUAAAGAAGAAUUAAAGAAAAAUAAAAGAAUACCAAGAAAUUGUUUUGAAUGGUGGUGA